UGGGUUCUAGGUUCCCCAGUGGAGUUAGUAGACCUGGGUUCUAGGUUCCCCAGUAAGUGUGUGGGCCUGAGUUUUAGGUUCCCCAGUAAGUGUGUGGGCCUGAGUUCUAGGUUCCCCCGUGGUUUAGUGGGCCUAGGUUCUAGGUUCCCCAGUGAAUGUGUGGGCCUGAGUUCUAGGUUCCCCAGUCAGUGUGUGGGCCUGAGUUCUAGGUUCCCCAGUAAGUGUGUGGGCCUGAGUUCUAGGUUCCCCAGUAAGUGUGUGGGCCUGAGUUCUAGGUUCCCCAGUGAGUGUGUGGGCCUGAGUUCUAUAGGUUCCCCAGUGGAUUAGCGGACCUGGGUUUUCUAGGUUCCCCAGUGGAGUUAGUAGACCUGGGUUCUAGGUUCCCCAGUGAGUCUGUGGGCCUCUAUUUUAGGUUCCCGCAGUGAGUAUUUGGAGGUUUCUACAAGUAGUUUAUUCAUCUACAGUUUACUGGUCUUUUAUUGAGCCAAACUGUAUUAGUUAUUGUCUGGUGUUUGUGUGCAUGGCUACUCCUGCCUCAAAGACCUUGCACCUCUCAAGGACAAGGAGACAGUGAGGUCAGGAGCCUCUUUCUCUGCAGUCCAGUCCCACUGGGAGUGGUCGGGAGUGUUGUCAUGCCCCCCUUUGGGGGGCCGUCUCCCCGGGACCCUGGUGGGGCCAAUACGAUU